AUGGAAGGGCAAUCUCCCGGAAAUGCUGCAGCAAUCCCCGUACCUGUGGAGGAUGAAACAAUGUCACUGCUUAGCAACCCCGUUGUAGGGGAACCUACAGCUGUAUCGACAAACCCUCCCAGGGAUGGUGAGGUUAUGCCGCUCAGCCAAGAGAACUUGGCAAUGCUUGCAGCCCAGAACGAUCCAAGAAUCAUGCACGUUGGAGCAGUUAGCGAGCAACGCCUUGCCACUGGUAAUGUUCCAGGUCUAGGCUCCAUGAACUCUUGGAACAUGGUUCCAGGGCUAAGCACCCCAGCAUACUCACCGACAGAGAGAGCUCCUUCAGUGUUCUCUCCGAUGUUCAAUGCCCAGAACAUAGACCGUAGGCAGCUCCAGGUGAAUCAAAUCGACGCAAGGCAAUUGGCGCUGAGCCAGGUUGACAUUCACGUCAACGCCGACACUGGGCCAGCCGUUGCCAUGGCCGCAGAGGCGCGCCAUAGGGAAAUUGUAGGAGCCAUAGGGGAGGCUCAUGGGGAGGAAAUCAACAUACUCAGUUCCCAAGCCACAUCCAAGGUGGCACAAUUGCGUCAUGAGUAUACCGUCCUUCAGAACAAUCUUAAGCAGCUUGAGAGUGAAGCCGCCACUAAGUCAAGCAAUGAUCAAGGUAUCAUUGAUCAGCAUUCUGCUGCUCUUGCCAGAGCAAGGACUGAAGCCAUUGGGCUCCACAAGCGUCUUUGCGAGGCGGAAGCCUACGCUGAUGCCGAGUACUCCAAGCUUGAGAGACUUUCUCACAAUGUUCAGAGUGAGUACGCCAUUCACAAUGCGAGGCUAUCCGAACAGGUUGAGAGCAUGAAGGUUGAAUUCAAUGCUAUGCUCGGACGCUUCAAUUCUGAAGCCGAGCACCGCUCAGCACUCACGAGCGAGAACUCUGAUCUUCGUGCUAAGUUGCUUCAAGCUCAAGAAAUGCUACAGAAGGCUGCCAGUCAGACCGAUUCGCCCCAUCAUCGGGAGCCGGAAGGCAACCCUGGUCCUAGCGGGCCACCGCCCGGUCUCCCACAGGUGCAUCGCCUCGACACACCGCCUGGCCAAGGCAAAGGCAAGCCAGGUGACCCAGAUGAUGACGAUGAUGAUGAUGAUGAUGGAGACAAGAAGAAAAAGAAGGACGACAAAAAGAAGAAGAAGAAGAAGAAGAAGAAGAAAAAGAGGGACUCAUCUUCGUCCUCUGAUUCUUCCUCAUCUUCGGCGAUAUCACCGAAAGAGAUGAAGAGGUUUUUCAAGAAGAUGAUGAAAGGUGGUUCAAAUGACAAAGAUGCCGACAAAGCCGAGUCAUCGGAUAAGGUGGACACCUUCAAAGAAACAGAGGCCAACGCCGGUGACCAGUGUAAGUACAAGCACCAGACUCCGGUCAAGGGACGCGGACGCGGUAUCCCUGCUGCUGUGUGUCUCCUCAGUGCUCUUGUUGCUGGUUCGGCCACCCAAGCCGAUGCUUUCUCCCUCCGGAAGGAGUGGACGGACCAGAUCACCAAUUGCACGUAUCCCUAUAGUCUGGCGCUACCAGCGGUAAAUUUCAGCUCUGAAGUCGAUUACCUUAACAUUCCUGUUAGUGAUCCCAACGCGAGGUUCACUCCAAUAUCGCCCACCAACCGUAAGCAUCGAGGAGAAAAGCCUUUGGAUUUUGUCCCAGAAACCAGAGCAGACUCCAUCCGAGAGGCCCAGAUGUCAGCGAAGAUGCUGAAAGCUUCCAUCUCUACCAAGGACGAUGUUCCGGCCUGCCGCUGGGAGUGUGAUUCGGAGAUUGGAUGUAAUCACUGUAUCCCAAAGGGUCUUAGAAUGUCGUGCCCUGCUAAGACUAAAGGGUCCUCCAAGAUGCUUAACCUUGAAUGGAUUGGCGACACCGGGAGUGCACAAGACCUAAUCGCUGAAAGAGAUCUUCAGCAUUUGAAGGCUUAUGAGUCUGAACAGCCAAUCAACAUCAUGACCGCGAACGGUCCCAGCUCCGCUGACAAGCAAUGUGAUGUCGACGUUCCGUCGAUUGCUAUUUCUGCCAAGCCUUAUGUGCUGCCCGACACUCCUUCAGUCCUCUCCAUAGGACAGCGUUGCAUGGAGCAAGGUUUCGAUUUCAUUUGGAGAGCCUGUACUCGCCCUUACUUGAAAACUCCUGAGGGUGAAAGAGUUUUCCUUGACGUUCGAGAUAACGUGCCUUUCCUCAAAUCGUGGAAGGAGGGCACUGCCUGCCCUGCGCGUGAAUCUAAGUCCGAUGAGAUUCAGUCGGUUGCCAGAGGCGCGGAGUUGGAGAGCUGUUCCUCACUCUGUAUCAACCAGAACUCGCCUAUCAAGGUCCAUAAGGAUGUGAACAAUCACAAAGACCAUCUCAACGUUACGAUUGCCGUGGGAGAGUUUUCCAAUGGUGGCCUUUGGAUUCAUGACCCGAACGCUAUGAAAACCGAUAAAAAUUAUCUAGAGGUCAAGGAUUCUGUAGGCACCAAACUCCCUGGGAUGGUCCAUGACAGUCACAACAAGAUUGUCGUUUUUGACCCGAAGACAUCCCAUUCCGUAAGACCUUGGAAGGGUGAACGUUGGAGCAUUACUGCCUACACGUGUAGGUGCGUGCUGAACCGGACAUUGGUCCUCCUGCCCCGGCAGCGGCCGAUGCCCCCGAUGGGGAAGCAGCAUCAAGUGACGAUCCUGAAGCACCUGAACGUAGAGCUCGUAGACGGAGCAAAGAUCGACGUUUGGGUUGGUCCGAAAGCCCAGCGCAAGGGUAGAGACAGAUUCGAGCCUACCAGUGAGCCUGCGAUUUUUAUGGGAUACAAGUUCCAGCCUGGUAUGAAAUGGCGCAAGGAGGUCUUUGCAAUUCAUCUCAAGCAGCUGAACAAGCAUGAUUUCCACGAGUGCCUGAAGCCAGUUAUUGCAUCGCAGUACAAGCUCACUGAUGGUAAGAUUGUUUUUCCCAUGCGUGAGAGGUAUGAAAGGGUUCAAGCAGGUCUCGCAUCAGAUGCUACUGAAGGACCUGUCAGUCAAUCGCUCACCAAUCAGGACGCUGAAGCUGCCGAUGAGCAACCGCCUGCACCCGCAGACCGAGAGGUCGAGCCGCCCAAGAAGGUACUUGAUCCUAAGACGGGGAAAGAAAUUGAUCUCCCUGAAGGGGGUCGGUACUAUGAUUCGGGGGGUACUCUUGGUAGAAAGUAUGGAGGCACCAGAGGUUCUAAGAAGCCCGAAUCCAUUCCCUCAUACCUUUGGGUCAACAUGUCCAAGAAACAGAAGGAGAAGGCCAUUGUUGAUGAGGCACGCGAGCAAGCAUUGCGUGAUAUGGAGACUCCUACCGAGGGUUCAGCCGGUAGCUCCUCUGCCGCCGCCGCCGCAGCACCUGCUGCGAGCAAGGACCACUGGGAGGUCCGACUGAACGAAUGUAAGCUAAUACGCUAUCAUUAUGUUCCCAGAAGAGAAAUGUUCUCACCGGAUAUCACAGAUUGUCCGAUUGAACUAUCGCGCAUCUCUAAGCAACGGAGUACGACUAUCAUUCCCGUAGGUGGUGUUGAUGUCAUCCAUGAGGACGAUGAUUGGAAGAACGUUAGGAAGCGGAACAAAAAGACCAGUUUCAAGUGGAUCGGCAAGACUGAGUUCAUUCUGGACAGAAUCCACAGUCCCGCUCCUGACGGAGAUGGUAAGGAUGCAUUCCCUGCCAUGCCUACUGUACCUCAUGAGCCCGAGCAUCGUGAAAAGAUUUCCAGCAACCUUCCUGUCUCAGAGGACGAGGUACGAGAGCUUUUUGCUCUUGUCGCAAGGCCUGUCGGUCGCAGAGAAAUCCUCGAGGACCCGAAGGCCCAGGCUGCCCUUGAUGUCGAAUGGAACAAAUUAAUGGUUAAGAAAGCCUGGGACAUGGGAUCUGUUCGGGAAUGGAAAGACGUCAGUGACGAAGCCAUCAAAAAGGGGAAAAAGGUUCAUGUUGGAAAAGUUUUCGAGAUCUGCGUAGAAAAGGGAAGUGAGCUUCCCAAAGGCGACCCACAACGAAAAUUCAAGGGUCGAACUGUGUUCCAAGGGAACAACGUCAAAGAUGAAAAUAGUGAUCAGGCUCUUUUCAGUGAGCUCGGAUCCAGUCCCGCCACGAUGGAGGCUGGGAAAGCGCUUGACGCCUAUGGGCACGCACCUGGCAACGACUGUCAGCAGGCCGACGGCAAACAAGCAUACACCCAAACCACGCUCAAGGGAAAGGAAACAUGGGUUAGGCUUCCGCCUGACCGAUGGCCUUCAGAGUGGAAGGGAAAGUACAAAGAUCCUGUCGUGCGGCUGACGCUGGCACUCUACGGUCAUCCUGAUAGCGGGGGUUUCUGGGAGUUACGCUGUGAAAAGAUGUUAGGCGAGUCUAUGUAG